GAAUGUUGCCCAAAGGCAAGGAAAGCACACUGCUUCCACGCUCCAGAGAGAGAGAGAGAGAGAGAGAGAGAGAGAAGCAACUUGACUUCCCUGCGCUGUCUGGGUCAGAUGUGCGAGCGACUGCGAGGAGCAACAUGCCGCUCUCUAGAAUGGAAUAAGCGGGGAACAUAACAGCCAGAAGGUGUCAGAUCUGUCCAUGAAGACGUGGAGAUUAUUUGCCCCAACUUAGCCAGCCAGGAGAACACCUCAACCCAGCUGGAGUCCGACUGGGUCUGGAAGGGACAUGAGGAGGGACAGGCUGCUGGUGGCCGUCACUUUGGUCACCCUCUUGGCGGCUGACAUUCAUUUUGUCCUGCUUCCCAGACUCAAAAGCUGGUAUCAUCUGCCCGGAGAAAGCUGUGAGUGCAGUGUCACCAAUGGCAGUCUGGACACCAGAGGUGCUACAACCCUAACGUGGACGAUGAGCCAGAAUUUCACAACAGCUUCCACCAAGCGAAGCUCCAAGCUGGAGCGGCUCUUCGGACACCCGCUCUACAACAUCCGUCUUCCAGAACUGGGGCCGGACGAACUGCUGCUGCAGCGAGAGGAGCUCAUGAAUUACUACAAGAGGAAAGUGAGCCGCUGGGAGAGAAUGAAAAAGUUCUACAUCGAGGCGGCUGCAGCUUCAAACAUCACCAUUCCUGAUCAUCCGGUGACCUUUGACCCGGAGGCCAGUUGGCUGCAAUUCCAUCUCGGGAUCAAUCGAUAUGCGCUGUAUUCAAGAGAUGACAGCAGCGUCGACAGACUCCUGCGGGACAUGCAGACGGCCACUGUCAUCAGUGCAGAUUUCACUCAGGAUGAGAAAGCUCUGAAGGGCGCGUGCGACUGCUCCCAAGUGGUCAAACCAAGCGGUCUUCACCUGAAACUGGCCCUGAAACUCCAAGACUUUGGCAAAGCUAUGUUUAAACCAAUGAGACAGGAGCGGCACGAAGAGACGCCCGAGAACUUCUUCUAUUUUGUCGACUUUCAGAGACACAAUGCUGAGAUUGCAGCUUUCCACCUCGACAGAGUGCUGGACUUCCGGAGGGUUCCACCGGUGGCGGGGCGAUUCGUCAAUGUGACGGGAGAAAUCUUGUACAUAACCCACAAUGAGGAACUGCGCAGUGUUUUCUUCAUCUCUCCAGCCAACAACACGUGUUUCUUCGCCAAGUGUUUAUACGUGUGCAAGUCGGAGUACGCAGUGUGCGGUCACCCUGAUCUGCUGGAGGGCUCCAUGUCUGCAUAUCUGCCCGGCCUGAGCAUCGCCCCACGCAUCUCCAUCCCAAACCCCUGGAUACGCUCCUACAGUUUCACCGGGAGAGAGGAGUGGGAGGUCAAUCCCUUAUAUUGUGACACGGUCAAAAAACUUUAUCCCUACAACUCUGGGAACAGACUGCUCAACAUGAUUGACAUGGCCGUUUUUGACUUUCUCACAGGAAACAUGGACAGGCACCACUAUGAGAUUUUCACCAAGUUUGGAGAUGAUGGUUUCCUUCUUCACUUGGACAACGCCAGAGGAUUUGGACGGUAUUCCCAUGAUGAGAUGUCCAUCCUCGCACCACUGACCCAAUGUUGCAUGAUCAAGCGCUCGACGCUGUUCAGACUGCAGCUUUUGGCACAGUCCGAGUACCGCCUGAGUGACGUAAUGAGGGAAUCCCUCUCCCGAGACCCUCUGACGCCAGUGUUGACUGAGGAGCACCUGCAGGCCUUGGACCGCCGGCUGGCCCAGGUGCUCAGGACAGUGGAGAAGUGUGUGAAGAAGCUGGGAGAAGCACAUGUGGUGAUCACGGACUUUGUGGAAUCAUCCGGAGUAACUACAAGCCACCAGGGAGGAAAUAAGAGGUGACAGAACGAGAAGAGCGUGGGUUUGAGGAGAUAACAGGAAUAAGCCGUGUCACUGAUUGCUCUUAAAUGAACAAAAGAGACGUUAAAUGCCAGCUUCCAGAAUUAAUAUACCCCUCCGGUCCAAAAUCAGAACAUCAGGACAUCUAGAGACAUCAGGAGGAAAAUUAUUCACAUUUCCGAUUGGCUAAAAAAGGUCUGUGUGGUAUUACUUUAAAAAGUUCCUUAACAACACCUUUAAGUCAAAUAAAAACGUCAAAAUUAUGACAUAAAAAGCCAUAAUUACUGUACGAGUCGAAAUUGACCAAAAGUUAAAAAUUAUGAUACAAAGUCAAUGUCAAAGUCAAAAUUAUCAUAUAAAUCGAAAUGAGAUAAAAUAAUUAUGAGGUAAAAGGUUGAAAUGACAAGAUUUAAAAGUCAAAAUUGCAUUUUUAAAUUUGAGAUAAAAUUAAAAUAGAGUCUUAAAAAGAAUUAAAAAGUCAGUUAUGAGAGUUAAAAUGAUCAUAUACAAGUCGAAAAAUUAGUUGUCUCAUAAAAUAAAAAUAAAAUAAUUUUGACUCAUAAUUAUGACUUAGUAUCUAAUAAUAUACAUUUUUUUAUCUCAGAAUUGUGUAUUUUUAAUCUUAUAUUAGUACAUUUUUAUCAUUUUGAUUGGCUAAAAAAGUUCCCUAACAACACCUUUAAGUGAAAUAAAAUGUCUGAAUUGACAUAAAAAGCCAUAAUUAUCAAAACUGUAAAAAAGUCAAAAAAGUAAAAAAUUAUGAUACAAAAUCAUAAUGUCAAGGUCAAAAAUAUCACAUAAAUCGAAAUUAUGAGAUAAAAAGUCAUAAUUAGGAGAUAAAAAGACAAAAUUACAAGAUUAAAAAGCCAAAAUUGCAUUUUUAAAUUUGAAAUAAAAUAAAAUAAUUGUCAAAAGUGAAUUAAAAAGUCAGUUAUGAGAGUCAAAAUGAUCAUAUACAAAUUGAAAAAUGAGUUGUCAAUUCUAAAAAGUAGAAUUUUUGUCAUGACUUUUCAUGUCAUAUUUUGACUGUCAUGAUUAUGAUUUAGUAUCUCAUAAUAUCAAUUUUUAAACUCAGAAUUAUGACUUUAAUCUCAUAUUAAUGAACUUUUAUCUCAUAAUUUUGAUUGGCUAAAAAAUUACAACACCUUUAAGUGAAAUAAAAAUCAAAAUUACGACAUAAAAAGCCAUAAUAAGUCGAAAUUGACAAAACGUUAAAAUUAUGAUACAGUCAUAAUUAUAUCAAAGUCAAAAUUAUGAGACAAGUCAGAUAAAAAGUCUAAAUUACGACACGUUAAAAUUGAGAUUAAAAGUUAAAAAUGCAUUUUAAUUCAAUCUUGAGAUAAAGUAAUUAAAAUAAGAAAUUGAUGUCAAAAUUAUGAUAUAAACAAAGUAAAAAGUUGAAAUACGAGAUAAAAGUCAAUUCUAUAAAGUAUUACGACUUUUUAUGUCACAAUUUUGAACGUUGAUUAUGAUUUUCAACUUUUUAUUUCAUAAUUCUGACUUAUUCAUCUCAUAUUUAUUACUUUGAAUCUCAUAAUUAUGAUUGGCUAAAAAAGGCCUGUGUGGCGUUACUGUAAAAAGUUCCCUAACAGCACCUGUAAGUGUUUGUCUUGAGCUGGUUUAGUCGAGGCAGACACCUGGAGAAGCUGCGGGCAGCUUUAAGACACCCGUCCAGACAGAUGACGCAGCGCUCGCUGGAGAAGAUCUUCAGAUCUCCUUACAUCAGCAAACACGCCUUUCACGUGGUGCUUUAACUGCACAGUGAGAAGCGUUUCCUCUGAUUAUCCGUUCCCUUUCUGUCCAUUUUUACACAAACAGCCAUUAGUGGCGGCUGAGCUGAUGAUGGAGCACAAACAGGCCACAUCAGCACAAACACUGUGGUGGGUUACGAGAUUUCUCGACAGGAGCUAAAGGCUCAUUUUCCAGAUGGAUCAUAAGCGAUGUGUAAUCCUCAGCUGUCUCAUCUGCUCACACUUCACAGGCUGAACCAAAUCAUUUGAAGUUUGUGAGGAUUGUGGUUCACCACACUACUGCAGUACUGUACUGAAGAGUUGAAGCUAGCUGAAACACGUCACCAUCAGUGUCCGGGUCUGUGAAAUAAACAAAAUCCCAUUGCAAAUCAAAUGCUCAAAAUGUUCAUUUCUGGUGGAUAAACAGAAUCUGAAAAACUAAAUCAGAUCCUGGUCAAUUAUUCAUGAGUGUUUGUCACGUUCUCACAUAAAAUGCCAAAACAUUUGCAUACUUUCUGAUUUCCUGACAUAUAAAAACUGACAUCAUCUUUCUACACAUUUCAGUACAAUAAUAAAAAAUAAAAUCUAUUUGGGCUUAAAAUAAUAAUCUGAUUUUACCACUUGAGCAGGUCUAAUCUAGUACAUGAAUUACAAAAUUAAUUUAAAUUUCAUCAAUUAUUCAGUGCCAUCUGUUGGACGGGAACUGAAAAUAAUAACUUGAAGCAGUGGCUGCUGGGACUUUUUUAUCAUUUGAGACUAUAAUAAUAAUUUCAGCAAAUGCCACAGGAUGUUUGGAAUCAUAUUCCUGCAGUUUAUUCCUGUGUUUAUUAUCCCAGCAUUCAAAUGUUCUUCAGAACACAUCAGAUCUGAUAUACUUUGUUUACCAAAAUGUGCGAAACAUUUUUAUGAGAUGUUUUUGAAAGUCUCUUGUGCUCACCAAAGCUGCGUUUAUUUGAUCAAAAUACAGUAAAAACAGUGAAAUAUUAUUACAAUUCAAAAUAUCUGUUUUCUAUGUGAAUAUAUAGUAAAGUGUAAUUUAUUCCUGUGAUCAAAGCUGAAUUUUCAGCAUCAUUACUCCAGUCUUCAGUGUCACAUGAUCCUUCAGAAAUCAUUCUAAUAUGAUGAUUUGCUGCUCAACAAACAUUUAUGAUUAUUAUCAAUGUUGAACAGUUUUUGCUGCUUACAAUUUUUGUAGAAAACAUUUUUUUCCAGGAUUUUUUGAUGAAUAGAAAGUUCAAAAGAACAGGAUUUAUUUGAAAUAUAUUUUUAUAAAUGUCAUCAUAAAUGUCACUUUAAAUCAAUUUAAUGCAUCCUUGCUGAAUAAACGUAUUAAUUUCUUUUUGAAAAAAAAAAACAAUCUAAAUCUUACCGACCCCAAACGGUGAACGGUGUAGUACAGAAAAAAAGCACACUACAUGUAAUAAUAUCCCACAAUGCAACGUACAAGAGGACCUUCCUUUUUUUGUCACAAAUGAACCAGAAGUAAAAACAGCUUAUUUUGAUCAAACUGCCAAAUAUAUAUAUAUAUAAUUAUAACCCAUUUUUCUUUAUAAAUGCUAAAUGACUGUAGUUGUUUUCAAUAUAAUAACUGGACUGCACUCAUAUGCCACACAAUGAGAUCAUGAACAGUGCUGGGGAUAGUCACAUUUUUAUUUUGCCUGUGUUAAAUUUUGGCACAGGUGUGUAUUUUUAUCGGAAUUUUACUAUUUCACCCCCAUUUCCUUUAAUAAUCUAUUUUACACUAGUAACACAAAAUAGUUCCUCUCAGGACCUUUUGGACAAAAAUGUCCUCAUUGAAAACCAUUAAAACUGCAAUUUUUAAUCCCAGGACCAUUUAACUAUAAAAUGAUGCAGUCUUUGUUAACAGGCUUUUAUUCUGUUGGCAAGGCUUCAAAAGUUAAAUUUUUACUAUUUUUCUUUUACCAGAUGGUGCCGUUUUCUCAGGUUUGGCCUAUAUUUGCUUUAUUCCUGUUUUCUGCUUCUGCAUAUUAUAGAGCCAAUUAGAUAAAUUAUGCAGCUAUAAUUGUGUGGGUGUGUUGGUGUGGAUGUCAGAGUGUGAUUUAUAUGUGUGCAAUUAAAAAAUUGUGUCUGCUUGUAAUGUUUAAGAAAAACUCUACUGCAAAUCACAAAUCCAACCACUGUGUGUACUAGUGGAGUUUUGCUGGCAUCUAAUGGGGAAAGUUUGGUACUGCGCCCAAAUAAAAUCUUACUGAAAGCUCA